AUGCGCACCUCCCUUUCCCUCACUUCGCUCGCGUUCUCUCUCCUGGCUUCGCUAGUCUCCGCGGACGUUAAGUUCAAGAGCCCGACUCGGAGCACCAAAUGGAAGCCUGGAGUCACGGUGACUGUUGAGUGGGAGGACUCAGGUGAUGGCCCCAGUUUGUCCGAUUUUAGCACUUACACCAUGUGGCUGUGCGUUGGAAGCAACAAGGACCCCUUCUGCGACCACACGAUCGGUGUCGUCGGCUCCAUUUUCGCCGAAGCUACAUCCGCAAAACUAACCAUUGACCCAACAUAUGGUGAGGAUGGCGACAACAUCUACUUCAUCAAGAUGCAGUCCGUCGCUAAGACUGGCGGUAUGACAACCAACUACACGCCGCGGUUCUCGAUGUCCGACAUGACAGGCACCUUCACCGCAGCUCAGCUCGCUGCCCAAAAGGUCGGCGAUGAUGACCCCCCUGCGUCGACAGACACCGUUGCAGAUGCUGCUGCCGCGGCCAGCGGAACGGCGGCGGCGAACAGCUUGAUGAAUGUGCCGUAUGCGAUGCAGACGGGGCCCACGAGAUAUGCGCCGAUGCAGACGCAGCCAGGGAAGAGCAUCACGGCUACGGGCCCGAGGAUGCAGUACCCGACGAGUGCAUAUACAGUGUAUAAGAAGGCGGGCCCUGCGCCAAAUGUGCAGACUACCAUUACGCAGGCGUGGGAUUACAAGGUUACGAGUUUGGUCAAUUCGGCUUCACCGGCGCCACAGCCUGAUGAUAUGCAGAAGUUCCUCAACAGGUGGAAGGAUUAG